AUGGCCCUGCAGCAGAGCUCUGCUUUGCAAAAGCUUAAGCUUUUGGUUCGGUUGGAAGAAGAAGAGGCGAAUGACGAUUAUGAGCAAGGGAAGUUGCUGCUUGAGCUGCAUCAACGAAGUAUUCCUAGGAGUUGUUGGGUGCGGUCCUGGAUUUGCCGGAGGAAGGACCAGGGACAGUUCGACCAACUGAUGAGGGAGCUGGAAGACGAGGAUGAAGAUGCAUUCACGAACUUUUUGAGGGUUACCCCUCAAAUGUUUAAAGAGCUAGAGCAGCGACUGCAUGAAAGACUGGAGAAGCAGGACACCUUCUUCAGGAAAGCCCUCUCGCCCGCGCUGAAGCUGGCCAUCACCCUUAGACACCUGGCCACGGGUGACAGCUACAAGUCACUCAUGUAUAGCUUUAGGGUAGCCCACAAUACCAUUUCACUCAUAGUACGUGAGGUAUGCACUGCCAUCAUUGAGGAAUAUGGUGACGAGCUGGUGAAGUGCCCUACCAGCCCACAGGAAUGGAAAGCAGUCGCACAUGGCUUCGAAGACCGCUGGAACUCUCCCCAUACCAUUGGUGCUUUGGACGGCAAGCAUGUGGCAAUCAAGUGCCCCAAGGAUAGUGGGUCCAUAUUUUACAAUUACAAGGGUUUUUACUCUAUUGUACUCAUGGCCCUAGUAGACGCCAACUACAAAUUCUUGUGGGUAGAUGUUGGAUACGAAGGCUCUACCUCUGAUGCACAGCUCUUCAACUCGUGUGAACUAAAACAACGCCUUAAAUCUGACACCCUUGGAGUGCCUCUACCAGAGCCCAUGACCAACGAUGAUGUAGACACCCCCUACUUCUUUGUAGCAGACGAGGCCUUCGCCCUGAGGACAUGGCUAAUGAAGCCGUAUGCAAGGACGGCUAUGGCUAGACAUGAGAGAAUCUACAACUACCGGCUGUCCCGGGCAAGGAGAGUGGUGGAGAAUGCUUUCGGCAUUCAUGCCAACCGAUUUCAGUGCCUGCUGACCACUCUCCGACAAAACCCUUCGACCGUCAGGACCAUGGUACAGGCAUGUGUAUGCCUGCACAACUUGAUGAGAACCCGCUACCCUUGCAUCCAGAAUUCAGCCUUGGAUAGGGAGGACGCCGAGCAUAACAUAGUGCCCGGUUCCUGGCGAGGAGAGCAGACCCUAGCUGAACUUAGGCAGCCGGCUAGAGGUCGCUCGGCUACUCAGGCAGCUCAGGCCCAAAGGAAUUACAUCAAGGCCUACUACAACAGCCCUGCUGGUUCUGUUCCCUGGCAGGAGUCAAAGAUUUAA